AUGAAGCUCGCGUCUAACUGCUUCAUUCUUGAUUUCACAUUGCAGCCAAAGCACCCAGCAGAACAGCUCUUCUCAAGUAACAAUGGCUUCCGAAAAGACCAAAGCGUGAAGUUCAACGAAGCCGAAGAGCAAAAAAGGAUCCGACAGUCGACACGGUUCAAGAAAGAUUCUGAGCAUUCAUUUGCGGAAUCUAUUACCAAAGACUUGCUGGAUACCUUGUUUAAACUUGCCAACAAAGACAAGCGAACCUUCACAACCGCGCUUAAUAAGUUUAAACGCUACGCCGAGUCCAAAGGCGAACCACUCGUCGAAGAUGUGAACAUGAGCGGUGCAGACACUGCUAGUGCCGGCGGGAUCCCGAGCAGCUCUAGUAGCGAAGGGGGCCCCGUGGAGACUCCUCGCACAGCUCCCAACAGCAGCGUGCCGCCCUCGAAGGAGGGCAGCGCAACCCCAUCGACGGCACCAACAGAUACAACCACCCCGGUGGCGUCACCAGAGAAUACAACAGCCCCGGCGGCCUCAAAUGACCAGACUAAUCCGAUCAAACGGGAGGGU